UGUCCUUCUUCCCUAUCUCUCAAACUCUCUAUAGCACGUUUCUUACAGUAAUUGACUACUAAUAAUAAUCACAUAUUUUCUUCCUUUCUCUGCCAACAUAUAUCCUCUCUCAAAGCCCUAGCCUUUAUUUUUAUUUUUAUUUUGCUAGACAAAGAGUGUAUCUUUUAAGUUAAUGAGACUGUAAAUUUUUUUUUAAAAGCUGUCUUUGUCAUCAUUUUCUUCGUUUUUCUCUCUCUCUCUAUCAGACCAUGAAUUCAUAAUCAUCGUCGUCGUCGUCUUCUUCAUCGAUAUAUCUCUUUCGAAUACGUUUAGAGGAAAAAGGAAAAGGAAACAGGGUACAUACAUGGCGUUUCACCAUAGCAGCACCCACCUUUCUCAAGACCUUCCUCUCCAUCACUUUACCGACCAGCAACAGCAACAACCCAACCAAACCCAGCAAGGCGACCAACUUCAGGAAACCGCCGCUCCCAAUUGGUUAAACUCCGCCCUUCUCCGUCCCCAACAGCCGCAACCACCGCAACCCCACCCGCACUUCUCCCACCCUAACUUUCUUAACCUUCAUACUACUACAACUGCUUCCGACUCCACCGCGGCUUCCCAAGCUCCUAACCCGAUGCUCUCCCGUUCAUCCUCUUCGCUUCUUCAUCGAAACCACAGCAACGUCAUCGACGACGCGGCUGCGGCGGCAGCAGCUGCGGUGGCAGCAGCUGCGGUAGGAGGAGGUGUUAUGGCCGUGGAAUCGGGUGAUUUGAAGAACAGCAUCAGCGAGACUAUGAAUAAUAAUAAGAGCGAAGGCGUGGUGGUGGAGAGUGGAGGAGGAGGAGGCGGAGAUGGGAUUGUGAAUUGGCAAAAUGCGAGAUACAAGGCAGAGAUUCUAGCUCACCCAUUUUACGAGCAACUAUUGUCAGCACACGUGGCGUGCCUUAGGAUCGCCACGCCAGUGGAUCAGCUUCCGAGGAUCGACGCUCAGCUGGCUCAGUCGCAGCAUGUGGUGGCUAAAUACUCAGCUCUCGGUGGAGGGUCGCAGGGCUUGGUUAGUGAUGACAAAGAACUCGAUCAGUUCAUGACGCAUUAUGUUCUGUUGUUAUGUUCGUUUAAAGAACAAUUACAACAACAUGUUCGUGUCCAUGCGAUGGAAGCAGUGAUGGCUUGCUGGGAGAUUGAACAAUCCUUACAAAGCUUAACAGGUGUUUCCCCAGGGGAAGGAACAGGUGCUACAAUGUCUGAUGAUGAUGAUGACCAAGUCGACAGUGAUGCCAACUUGUUUGAUGCAAGUUUGGAUGGUACAGAUUCAAUGGGGUUUGGACCUUUGAUCCCAACAGAGAGUGAAAGGUCUUUGAUGGAGCGUGUGAGGCAUGAACUCAAACAUGAACUCAAACAGGGUUACAAGGAGAAGAUCGUGGACAUAAGGGAGGAAAUUUUGCGAAAAAGAAGGGCCGGAAAACUUCCCGGCGAUACAACAUCGGUUUUAAAAGCUUGGUGGCAGUCACAUUCCAAGUGGCCUUACCCUACUGAGGAAGAUAAGGCAAGGUUGGUUCAAGAAACAGGUUUACAGUUAAAACAGAUAAACAAUUGGUUCAUCAAUCAAAGGAAGAGGAACUGGCAUAGCAAUCCAUCGACUUCCACCGUCUCCAAGAGCAAACGUAAAAGUAAUGCAGGUGAAAACAUAAGGUGAUCGGUUCGUGUUAAACCAAAUCAAAGAUUAAACCCAACAUUACUUCUUAUAUAGAUCACAAGAUAUAUAGGCUUUUAGUGGAACUGCAGCAGAGGCUUAUAAGGCGAGGAUCAGAUUUUGCUGCAACAUGAGAAACCGGCUAACACGGGCGAUGAAGCUGAUAUUAGGCCAUUUUGCAGGUAUGCGAGAUCGGAGGUAUUGGUAGGGAAGUUUAGGAAAAUUAUAACUAGUGUUACUUUUAAUUGGAUGAAAUUGUAGUUGCGUUGGUAGAUUAUGAUUUUUGGUAUGUAUGUCUCUUUCAUAUAGAUGUGAAUAAAUUGGGAGUGUACAGUGUAAUAAACUUUAUACUUGGUUACGGCCAUGGUAGAUCAUUGUAGCCUUUUUGACAUUGUAAUGCAGAGUAAAAUUAGGUCUUUGCUCUC